AGGGGAAACCGUUGAGGGAGCCGGCGGCGGGGCGGCCGGGGCCCAGUCGGCGCGGCCUGGGGCCUCGCUCAUCCCACUCGCUAAGCCGCACAACAAAGGCGGCAGCGGCCUGGGCCUCGCCCGCGUCUUUUUCCCCGCCGCGGCGCCGAACCUGCGGCCCCGAGUGCGAUAGAUGCGACGUGCGUCGCGGGGAGCGCCCAGAAAGCCGUGCCGGCGGUUUCAAAACGCGAAGGUACCUACCUCCUUGAAGCAAGAAAAGAAUCUGGCAAAUAUUUUUCUGUUUUGUUUGAGAACAUUGCAUCAAAUGUGAAGCUUUUGGGAUCUCAAAGAACAUGGACCAAGGAGGAGGGGGGUUGGAGCUACAGUCGCAGGAUUCGAAAAUGCCUCACACAAUGAUAAUGCAAGACUUCGUAGCAGGCAUGGGUGGUAUGGCCCACAUCGACGGAGACCACAUCGUGGUGUCGGUGCCGGAGGCGGUGCUGGUGUCCGAUGUGGUGACGGACGAGGGCAUCACCCUGGAGCACGGGCUGGAGGCGGAAGUGGUGGAGGGCCCCGAGAUCGGACAAGGCGACGUGGUGACCGCGGAUGGCGUGAUCGUCCCGGAGUCCGUGCUGGGGGCCGAGGUGGCCAUCGAGGAGGCGCUGGAUGCUGACCACCACGUGCUGACUACGGACCUUAUUGCCGAGUCUGUCCGCGUGCCCGACCAGGUAUUCGUGGCUGACCUCGUGUCCCAUCAGGACGGCCACUUGGGCCACGAGAUGGUGUCUGAGGAGGUCAUGGUCACAAACUCGGACUCGGAGACCGUGAUCCAGGCGCAUGAGGGUGUUCCGGCCUCUACUGUCACCAUAAAGACGGAGGACGAUGAAGAUGGCAAGAGCACCUCUGAGGACUACCUGAUGAUCUCCUUGGAUGAUGUGGGGGAAAAGCUGGACAUAGGAAACACGCCCUUGAAGAUCAGUACUGAGGUGACGCAGGACGAUGGCUCGAAAGAAGAUGGGUUUGGGUCAGAGGUCAUAAAAGUGUACAUUUUCAAGGCUGAAGCAGAAGAUGAUGUUGAAAUAGGUGGCACGGAGGUGGUGACGGAGAGCGAUUUCCACAAUGGCCAUGCGGUGCUGGAGCCCGGCAGUGUGGGACGGCUGCCGAGGGAGAAGAUGGUCUAUAUGGCAGUCAAGGACACCUCUCAGGAAGACGAAGAUAUCAAUUGUGCAGAGAUUGCAGAUGAGGUUUAUAUGGAGGUGAUUGUCGGAGAAGAGGAGGCUCCCGCUAUGCAGGAGACUCAGCUGGAUGAUUCUACGGUUAACAAGACGUUCGUUCCUGUGGCAUGGGCAGCUGCAUAUGGUAACAACCUUGACACCAGGUUAGAGAACAAGAAUGGAGCAGCCACUCAGUACUUGCAGAUUAGCGAUAGCAUCAGCACCAGCAGGGCACUCAAGCAAAAGGCCAAGAAGAAGAAGAGGGGAGAGACACGACAGUGCCAGACCGCGGUGAUCAUUGGUCCGGAUGGGCAGCCUCUGACCGUCUACCCCUGUCACAUCUGCGGGAAGAAGUUCAAGUCGAGGGGUUUCUUGAAGCGGCACAUGAAGAACCAUCCAGACCACAUGUUCAAGAAAAAGUACCAGUGCACAGACUGUGACUUCACCACCAACAAGAAGGCCAGCUUCCACAACCACCUGGAGAGCCACAAGCUGAUCAUCAAAACCGAGAAGAUCCACGAGUUCACCGAGUACACGCGCCGCUACCGCGAGGCCAGCCCCCUGAGCUCCAACAAGCUCAUCUUGCGCGACAAGGAGCCCAAGCUGCACAAGUGCAAGUACUGCGACUACGAGACGGCUGAGCAGGGCCUGCUCAACCGCCACUUACUGGCCGUCCACAGCAAGAACUUUGCCCACGUGUGCGUAGAGUGUGCCAAGGGCUUCCGGCACCCCUCGGAGCUGAAGAAGCACAUGAGGACCCACACGGGCGAGAAGCCGUACCAGUGCCAGCACUGCGAGUUCCGCUGUGCUGACCAGUCCAACCUAAAGACUCACAUCAAGAGCAAGCACGGCACGGACCUGCCCUACAAGUGCGGCCACUGCCCGCAGGCCUUUGCCGACGACAAGGAGCUGCAGAAACACACGGAGAUCUUUCAGGGCCACAAGACUCACCAGUGCCCGCACUGUGACCACAAGAGCACCAACUCCAGCGACCUGAAGCGGCACAUCAUCUCGGUGCACACCAAAGACUUCCCGCACAAGUGCGAGGUGUGCGAGAAGGGCUUCCACCGGCCCUCGGAGCUCAAGAAGCACUCGGAGACUCACAAGGGCAAGAAGGUCCACCAGUGCAGGCACUGCGACUUCAAGAUCUCCGACCCUUUCACGCUCAGCCGCCACAUCCUGUCGGUCCACACCAAGGACCUGCCCUUCAAGUGCAAACGCUGCAAAAGGGGCUUCCGGCAGCAGAACGAACUCAAGAAGCACAUGAAGACUCACAGUGGCCGGAAAGUGUACCAGUGCCAGUAUUGCGAGUACAACACUACGGACGCAUCAGGCUUUAAGCGGCACGUCAUAUCCAUUCACACCAAGGACUACCCGCACCGCUGUGAAUACUGCAAGAAGGGCUUCAGGAGGCCCUCAGAAAAGAACCAACAUAUAAUGCGGCACCACAAAGACGUGAUGUAAUGUUGUGCAUCCCCUUCCUGGCUCCCGGCGGCCCUUUCUGGAUUUGGGAUAAACUCGGGGGAGGGCGAGGGGGGGAAGGGGCGCGAAGUUUCUAUGGUAAAUGAUGGUAAAAUUUUAAUUAAACGUUUUCCUUGUCAGUGCUGAUUCACGCCUUUUCCGGGAAUUGUAAAAUGUAAAAUAACGUCUUAAAACCGCAAAACUAAAUAAGAAAAGUAUUAAAGAGUCAGCGAGGGGAGGGGUCGGGGCGAGGGUUGUGGGAGCUGUGUUUUUUUUUUUUUUUCCAGUCCUUCGUUUUGAUUUGCUGCAAAAGAAUCACUUGUUAAAACAUUCAGGGGUUCAAAUAAUGUCCCUUUUUUAUUACACCUUGCGCAUUUAAUGCAAACGAGAAACAGAAAAAUAAUGCGUGAAGUUUAAUUUGGGGAGUGGUGCUCAUAGAUGGUAUGUCGGAGAACUUGUCAAAUGGAUUUCACUCUGGUCUUCGUUAGAUUUUAUAUGGGGGAGUGCUGCUUUUGUCAUCCGAAGUAAAUGUGUUUUUUACAUGCUAGGAAGUCUGUCUCUACCAGCCUUUGCACAACAAACUGUAUCUGUUUAAUAUUCAGCAAGAAACCCAAGCAGUGUUCAUGUGUCAUAUAUGCAAAUGUUCUGCUUGGGAUCAUCUUAAAUUUGUAACACCAUUUCAGAUUCAACCUGUAGUUAUAAUCGAGUGAAACCCCCAGAUAUUUCCAGUAACUGGCAACAGGCUUCCACAGCAUCUCAAGCAGGUUCCUAAUCUUUCCUUUAGAUACUCUCGUCCUGUGUGCUUACCUUCCUCCCCACCUGAUUGUACAAGAAAUGUUGCAUACUGUCUCAUUGCACUGGCUUAAUUCCUAAGGACUACAAUCAGCUCACUUGUGCAGAUGUGCGACACACGGAUUAAGCGAUUGUUGAAUUUGUUAUGUAUUAAAAUGAAUAAGACUUGAAUGACUGAAGCUGACUUUUGGUAUCUCAGAUCCUGUUUACUCCCUCCAAAAUAGAAAAUGUAUCCACUUUCUCCAUGUAAUAGUACAAUGUCAAUUUAUAUGUGUGUGUAUAUAUAUAUAUUUUACAUUGCACUAUGUAACCGUUAAUUUUCAGAAGUGGUAGGUCAGUCAUGCCUUACACUAAAAUUGCCUGUUGAAUUUAAUACUUUUUAAUACACUGUGACACUGGAUUAUUCAUCUUAUUUUUUUACAAAAUUUCCCCUAGCUCUUCAGAAACGAGUUGCUAGUUGUGAAUAUCUUAUGUUAUUCAACGGUGUCAGGAAAAGAAAUUUGAUUGGAUCAACAAGAUUAUUUUUAAUUUAUUCGACAGUAGUGGGAGCAGGAUUUGUGUUUUAAAGCAGUGACUAAAGCAUAAAGAAUUCUCAGUGGUACAGAAACUCAAUCCGUUCAAUGCUAUCUGAAUCGGUUUUGUUCCUUUUUAAAUUAAAUUCUGUAGUUCUGAGGUAUUUAGAAUCCCAGAACUUGCCUGUCAUUGAGUGUUUUCAAUUGCAUACAGCCAUUUCUUAGUGUCAGUACUUCAGACCAAUUCAAACUUUUUGAAAGUCCCGGGUUUAGUGUGUGCUACCAGUCCACGAUCAGCGCGUUAGUCAACUAAAUGAGUGUUUACAUUGUUGCCUCCUUUUGAAAUUGCUUACCUUUAAGGAAUUUCCCAGAAGUGUUUCUGUGUUGUUGCACAAAUAAUAUGUUGUCUGUUUUAUGGAUAUAUAUCUGUGUUCAGCAUCUCAUGUACUUUACAUGUUCAGUUCUUAAAGGACCAUUGUACUUAACAUCAGUGGGAUAGGACAGGGUCUGAACAGUUACUUGAACCCCUGAAAUAUUUGUAUGUUUGCCCCCCAGUUUAUUUCUAUUAAAAGGAAUCAUAUUCUUCCCUAAGUGAACCCUGUAUUGCUGAAAUAUUAACUUCAUAUGAACAUGAAUAGCAGUGAGUGUACAAGCUGGUGUGCUGGCUCAAAUGCAAUUUUUUUCUAGAUAUUUUGUAACUGGUGUACAUUUUACAAUAAACUACAGAUGGCCAUAGAGUAACCCAUUCAGCCAUCUCUUGACUUUUA